AUGUUCUUCAUUCUGGCCACAUGGUUCACUAAGCUCCUCUAUUUUGUUUUUUUUUUUUUUCCUUCUCUUUAUUCAGUGGCACUGAACCAAUUUUCAGACAUGAACUUUGCUGAAAUCAAACGCAAAUAUCUUUGGUCAGAGCCUCAGAAUUGCUCAGCCACCAAAAGUAACUACCUUCGGGGUACUGGUCCCUACCCAACUUUUGUGGACUGGCGGAAAAAAGGAAAUUUUGUGUCACCAGUGAAAAAUCAGGGCAGCUGUGGUAGUUGCUGGACUUUCUCCACCACUGGGGCUCUGGAGUCCGCGGUGGCCAUCGCAGGUGGGAAGAUGCUGUCUUUGGCAGAACAGCAGCUGGUGGACUGCGCCAAGGACUUCAACAACCAUGGCUGCCAAGGGGGUCUCCCUAGCCAGGCCUUCGAGUACAUCCUGUACAACAAGGGCAUCAUGGGCGAGGACACCUACCCCUACCAGGGCAAGCCUCUACCUGAAGUGGGAGGUGACAGAGGCCCUGUGUGUCUACCCCUCCGUCUCUGUCUACAGUAUGACGAGGAGGCGAUGGUGGAAGCCGUGGCCCUGUACAACCCCGUGAGCUUUGCCUUUGAGGUGACUGACGACUUCCUGAUGUACAAAAGGGGCAUCUACUCCAGUACUUCCUGUCAUAAAACUCCAGAUAAAGUGAACCACGCAGUGCUGGCUGUUGGGUAUGGAGAAGAAAAUGGGGUACCUUACUGGAUCGUGAAAAACUCCUGGGGCUCCCAGUGGGGAAUGGAUGGGUACUUCCUCAUCGAGCGUGGGAAGAACAUGUGUGGUCUGGCCGCCUGCGCGUCCUACCCCAUCCCUCUCGUGUGAGCCACGUUGGCGGCAGUGACUGGUUGGUGGAGAAGGGGAGGAACAGACAGCCCAGGCCAUGGUGAAAACCUUGCCCUGGAGGAAAUUGUGGGAGGUCGACCAGGGGCCCCCACUUUCCAGCCUAACCCCGUGCUGAGCCAGAAAUCUAAUGAAGGGGAUAAAGAGUUCCACCACACAACAAGCUCGCCUGUGUCCUCUGACGUGAAGACUUACCAGCCUUGUGCCUUACACGUGGUUUUUAACCAGCUCAAUUUCUGUGGACCAAGAAUAUUCUUUCCUCCCAGAGGGGCUGCUUUCCAUAUUAGAGAGAGCUCCAGUGACUGUCCUUUCCGUGUUCCUUGUCCAAUAAACACUCAGUGAAGACCUCUUCA